GAAGGGGGAGAGAGAAGAGAAGGAGAGAUUGCCUUGCCUUCUAAUUUCUCCCUCUCCAAGCCACAGAACAAUGUCGAUGAGCCCUAAGCAUACGACUCCUUUUUCUGUUUCCGAUAUCUUGAGUCCCCUUGAGGAGAGCUAUAAGAAAGUAAGUAUGGAGAAUAACAACUUGGGGGCACCUCUCGCUUCUUACCGGCAGCCGCAGGUCUCUCAGGCGGCGAUGCAGCAGCACCACAUGGGCCACAACGGGACUGUGUCAGCGGCUUACCACAUGACUGCGGCGGGUGUCUCCCAGCUGUCACACACUGCCAUGGGGGGCUACUGCAACGGCAACCUGGGCAACAUGGGCGAGCUGCCGGCGUACCAGGACGGGAUGAGAGGCAGCGCCGCGGCCACCGGCUGGUACGGAGCCAACCCGGACCCGCGCUUCUCCACCAUCUCUCGCUUCAUGGGCUCCUCGUCGGGCAUGAACAUGGGCAGCAUGGGCAGCCUCAGCUCCCUGGCAGACGUGGGCAAAGGCAUGGGCUCCCUGUCCAGCGCCCCGAGGAGAAAACGGCGGGUGCUUUUCUCCCAGGCGCAGGUCUACGAGCUGGAGCGCCGCUUCAAGCAGCAGAAGUACCUGUCGGCGCCGGAGAGGGAGCACCUGGCGAGCAUGAUCCACCUCACGCCGACACAGGUGAAGAUCUGGUUCCAAAACCACCGCUACAAGAUGAAGAGGCAGGCCAAAGACAAAGUGUCCCAGCAGCAGAUGCAGCAGGAGAGCGGCGGCUCCUGCCAGCAGCAGCAGCAGCAGCAGCAACAGCAACAGCAGCAGCAGCAGCAAUCCCCGCGGAGGGUGGCCGUGCCGGUGUUGGUAAAAGACGGCAAGCCGUGUCAAGGCAGCGGCCACACGCCCACGUCCGCGGCGCAAACGCACCACCAACAGGGAGGCAACGUCAUGAUCAUGUCCAACAACGCGUCCGGGCACGGGCAGCACCCGAGCCAGCAGGUGGGCAGCACGGGUCACUCCCCGGACCUGGCGCAGCACUCCUCCAGCCCGCCGUCCCUGCAGAGCCAGGUAGCCGGCCUCUCCCACCUGAACUCCCCCGGAGCGGAGUACGGCUCGGCCUUACAGUGCUCGGCCCUGCUGUACGGCAGGACGUGGUGACGAGACGCUGCGGCUGUGGUUCAAAUUCCCUCCGCGGCGAAAAGAGAGGCAGGUCGCAGCACACAUGCACGCAUUUGAACAAAAAAAAAAAAAAAAAAAAAAAAA